AAGAGAGAAAACGAGAAUGAAGGACUUCUCCACUUUGUAGCUCAGAAAGUGACUCUCCCAAAAUAUACCAUUCCCCUUCAGCUUUGUUCCGUUCCGUUCCCGGUAAAUUCUGCCAUUAGAGCAACUCCAGCCGGUAAUGUUAAAAUGAGUAAAGUGUAAAAAAUAAAAGUUUUAGCCUUUACUUUACACAAUUUGAAACUACUAAAAGCCAUAUUUCCGAUCGUGUCCUUCCCUGCUCUCCAAACCCUAGAAGACGAUUUGGGAAACUUCUCCAUCUGCUCGAUUUGGGAAAAGCUUCGCCAAGCCCUCCGAGUCAAGUAAGCUUCCUCUCUUCUUCGUUAGCUUUUCUUUCCGUUCUUCGUUCCCCUUCCUGGUUAUGUCUUCCCUCGGUAGUCCUAGGAUCUCGUCCUCCGAUGAUUCCUCGUCUGAGGAUUCUACCUCUUCUUCGACCGGGCAUUAUUCCUCGGAUUCCGUACCCGGUCAGAUCCCCAACCCUCCCAUACCUGAGCCGCAGCCUGUGAAUCAAAUGCCCGGUCAGGUUGCUGCGGAGGGGGAUGAACCGGUUGACAACGAACCGGGUCCUUAUGACCCAGACACCGAGUCCUGGGAGGAGUGGGAAGAGCGGCUCCGAACCGCCGGUUACUUACCACUCCCUACCUAUUACGUCCUCGACAUUUCCUCCCACGUAUCCAAAAUUGCUCUGAAUAAAAUCCGGAGGAGGCUCCCGGAUGGUUAUACCCUCCUGUACGAGCAUGACUGGCCUAACAUCAUAGAACCCCACCGGGAGGAUAUGAUAGGAUUUCACACGGUUUCCCUGGACGCGGGCAUUGUUUUUCCCAUGCGCCCCCUCCUUACUGAAGUUUGCCACGCGUUUAGGAUUCUGCCCGUCCUACCGGGUGGGACCGGUUGUGAGGGCUUCGUGUAUUUUAAAGGUCGCACCGGUAGGAAGUUCAUUUCUGACGUCCCCCAAAGCAACCGGGGGUGGAAAGAAAAGUUCGUUUUUAUCGAGUUUCCCCCCUUUGUCACUCCUUUGGCCGGUCUGAAAUGGAACGACCAUCUCCUUGACCAAGAGUAUGCUGCACCGGCUUACUCCCCAGACUUGGAAGCGAAUCUUGAGGUCCUCAUGCGCGGGGAUCCUUUCACCGGGAGGAUCUUCCAUUAUGGCAGCCGGGUUUGGAGGGUGGAGUCGGGUGGUGAGGGUACCUCCCAGGCCCAUGAAGCAGCGGGGCGCGGGGUACCCUCCCCGGGCAACACUGCAGAGGCUAAGGGCCAGAACCACCCAGAUAUGGAGUUCGAAGAGUUCGCCAUCCCCGACGACCAACCAGCGGGAGACACCGGGGGCUCCCAAGCCAACCCUGCCAGAACCUUCCCGGUCCACCAAGAGACCGUGGAGAUUUUGGAUGAGGACGAACCCCAAGACAACCGGUCUAAGGGGAAGGAAAAAGAGAAGGCCGGUCGCCGGACCAAGAAGGUGGCCACCAACCAUCCUUCUGCCAUGAACAAGAGGCAGAGGACAGACUCCGGCGCGGCCUACCAGACCGUGGAGGAGGCCUACAUCAACCUUGGUCUGUGGCUGAGGGAGGUUGGGGAGAUUGGCCCCAUCACCGCCGACCGGUUGGGAAUUGACUCUCCCACCGAGGUGGCCAGUCUGAAGAAGAAGAACGAAGAGCUGACCCUCAUCCUAAAGAGCCAGACGGAUGAGUUGGCCAAGUUGUCAAAGAUGGCCGGGUCCUUGGGGGCAGAGAACACCCGGUUGAAGGAGGAGAACGGUCAGCUGCUGGACGAGGUCUUCGAGACCAAAAGGGAGAUGGCGGAAAAGGAAGAAAACUUCCCCGGGCGCGCAGCUGCCUGGGUUGAGGAAAACAAAGCUGAAGCUGCCCGGGUGAUGACGGCGAGCCCAGAAGCGACCAUGGAAUCCUUCAGGCUUUUGUACCGGGAGCCUGAAGGAAAGAAGAUGAUAACCGCGAUUGGGUCCUUCGGAUUCAAAAGCGGCCAAAAGAAAGACCGGGCAGCCUCCCACCGGAUCCUUCUGAAAAGAGACCCGGCCUUCACCGCGGCUUCCUACGGCCUGGCUCCCAUCCCGGAGGAAGAGCCAACUCCCCCUUUCCCCCUAGAUUAGGAUCUCCCCGGCUGCGCCCGGUUAUUUUUGUAAAACUUGAAACCUUAUCAAUUUCCCCGGGUAUGCCCGGUGUAUCUGUAAACAUUUAACAUGCUUGCUUGUUGAUUU